AUGCUGACCCCCAUCCCAACCCCCAAAAUCCAUUUCAACCCAUUUGUCACGCUCUGUCCCCGCCCACCUGGUGACGUGGUCCCAGGAUUUCUAGCCUCACCUCCCUGUUUAAAGCCUUCAUCCAUGGCUAACUUUAGUGUCGUUUACCCUGUUAACGGUAACAAGUGCUUGGUGAACAAGCGGCUGUUAACCUGGACUGUGGUUCUGUUUCUGGUGUUUAAUGUGAUAGUGACUGUUGUAUCGUCUUCCUCCACCUCUGGACACCAUCAGCCUAUUGUGUGUUGGCAGGCGGUGCUUCAGUGCCAGGCUGACCCCGACUGCCGCUAUGCCUACAGCCAGUACGCGCAAGCAUGCAGCUCCGUACUGACCGGCCGUCGACGAUCGUGCCCCAGCCACUGCGUAUCGUCGCUUGUGCAGCUGAACCUGACAGCAGGUGGGCCAGCCCUGGAGCGCUGCGACUGCGCUCGAGAUGCCACAUGCACUGAUGCCAAGCGUGCCAUCGAGCCCUGCAUGCCAAGGACCAAUGGUGCAGGUGCAGGGGGCUGCACAGAGGCACGCCGCGAGUGCGAAAACGAUGCACAGUGCGCAGAAGCUGUGCGGGACUACCUGUUGCAUUGCCGAGGCCUGCUCGGUUUCACUGGAAACGACCGCGAGGGGGCGUGCACGGACGGUUGCCGGAGGGUAAUAGCACGCAUGCGCACCAUGCCCAAAGCGCGCCCUCUGGACACAUGCGUUUGUGAUGGUGCAGAGAGGAACAUCUGUGAGUACGUGAAGGCAAGCAUGAGGACGCUGUGCUACGGACCGAGAGACGCUCUGUACGCCGGAAGUGGCUUCUUCUCAGACGAUGAGGAUGAUGAGGGGGAUUAUGUGGAGGAAGAUUAUAUUGAGGAGGAGGAGAACAUGGCGAAUGUUUGUGGAGGAAACUUUGUUUUGGUGGCCAUGGCCACAGUUUUUGGUCUUACGAGUGUACUUUGAUGGAAUCACAGGCAUACCACAAUACAAUGUUAUCACGAUACGUUGCCCAAAAUAACGAUGAUGUCAAGAUACUGUGAUGCUGCGAUACUCGCAAUAUAUCGCAACUCAAUUCCCUGUGAUGUAUCAUGGCAUCUAUGUAACUGAAGAGGAUAAAGUACUUCUAAACCAAUAUUCUUUACUGCAAGUUUUCCUCAAUACAUUAGAGGAAAACUAUACACUUUAUACAUACAUUACAUUAGCGCCUUCCUGUAGAGUAAUGAAGCAGUAACUUUAGUAAGCCAAAUUGGGGAGCAAGUCUUAGGGAGUAUAGAACACCUUUGUUUCAAUACAAAUAUUGACAUUUGAAGCCAAACACAAACUAUACAAUUUAUUACAAUAUUGAUAUUGUGUCCAUCCCCUAACCAGUAUAGCUCUUGCUCAGCAUAAAUAAUGUUUUCGAUUGAUUUUCAUGGUUUAGCCGGUCUACUAGAAUGAACAACCUCACCAAGUGAGAUAACCAGUAUGACCAAGUUGGUUCACUAGUCUGAACAGCAUGACUAAGCAGGUUGACCAGCACAACUAAGACCAGCAUGAGCAGUUACACCACAAUGAUUGUCCAUUAUUACCGCUAAGGCAAAGCAUCACCAAAAUAAAAUGCAAUAAAAUGAAAUACACUGUGCUGGUCAGGAUCUGGAUAACCAUCUAGCUAACCACCAUACAAAAAGUAUUCUCCUGUGUGACCAGCUUUCAAACCACUUUGAAAAAUUAUUGAUCUACUGUAACAAUCAAAGAUGAACUUAGACCACAUAAAAGCAGCAUAAUGGGGAAGUUUGAGAUAUGAUUAGACUCUGUGGGUCUGAUUAUGUUACAGUAAUGUGGUCUAAAUAAGGGUCUCAUUUUUUGACUGCUUUGACUGAACAUCCAUCCGAAACUAGUUGUAAAAGAAUUGAUGCUGUAGUAGUUAAGAAUGCACAACUUGCUUUGCCAAUACUCUUUAAAAAAAUAAAUGUGCCAAGAAGUGUUUUCUGAGUGAUGCAGUUCCUUAACUAAAAAGUAUUUGAAAACUCACCUGUCUCCUUAGAUACUGGUGAAUUUGAACCACUGGACCAUUAAGAGCUUGCUGUAAUUUGAUUACCUGGGAAACAAUUAUUUUUGUAAGACUACUGACCCCCAACUAGAUGUUAAGCAGAUCAGUAUGUUAACACAUGCAAACCUGAAGCUGACUUAAAUGUUGUCCUUGGAAAAUAUUUGUUCUGCAAAUACUAUUGUAAAAUAUGUUGUUUUUGAGAAAAUAUGUGGGAUACUUCAGGACCUGGACUGAAAAUCUUGUGUAGAAUAAUGGAAUACAUGCACCACCAGAUAUUUAAAUUAUUAUGACUGAGAUAACUGACUGAGAAUAUUGUUUUAUAUACGAUGAAAUGGAAAUGGAAGUCUAUUUUUGUAUGGCAUGAAGGACAAUAAGGACACAAGGUUGCUAUGAAUGAUGUUCUUGUGAUAUAAUGUGCAAAUGUUAUUUUUAAAGAAUGAAAUAUAGUAAUGUGGUGUAAA